AUAAACCAAAUAUUCAAACUCCUAAAGCACGGCCUUCAAAGCAAAUCAACGCUGUGAAAUCAAAGUUGAUUGGUCUGAAUUUUUAUUUUUCUAAUCAAGUGGUCCCAAAAACAUCAACUGGUCUUGGUAUGCCAACAUAAACCUCUUCUUCUAGUCUAGUUUAUAAAUACAUAAAUAAACCCAAUUGAUUAACCAUUCUUCUUUACUCCUAAUCUCUGGCCCAGCUGCCAAUCACUACCAUGGCAAAAACCAUCAAAGCCCUUCCUUUCCUUCUCUUCCUUGUCUCUUACAAUAUUCUACUCUGCACUUUGGCUACUGCAAAAUCUAAGAGUUUUUCAAAAAUCCUAUCUCCGGCGACUCUAGGCCUCAAAAAAGAGAAACUAAGCCACCUUCACUUCUACUUCCACGACAUAGUCAGCGGCCGGAAUCCCACCGCCGUUCCAGUCGUAAAUGCCGCCAUGACCAACAAAUCAUUAUCUGCAUUUGGGCUUGUAGUGAUGAUGGAUGACCCUUUAACUGCUGAGCCUGAACUCAGCUCGAAGCCCGUCGGAAAAGCUCAAGGGAUUUACGCAUCGGCUUCGCUAAGUGAACUUAGUCUUUUAAUGGUCUUGAACUUUGCUUUUACGGAAGGCAAGUAUAAUGGUAGCUAUCUUAGUGUUUUGGGACGGAACAGUGUUUUUUCCGGCGUUAGAGAGAUGCCAAUCGUCGGUGGAAGCGGACUUUUCCGGUUUGCUAGAGGUUAUGCUCAGGCGAAGACUCAUACCUUUGAUUUGAAAACUGGAGAUGCUAUUGUAGAGUAUAAUGUUUAUGUUUUCCAUUAUUGAGUUUUGAGUUUUUUUUUUUUUU